UGAAGAGGAAUGGAAGGUUAUUAAAGGAAAGUUUCUAGCCAUCAAUGCAGUAAAUAUGAGCUGUGCCUGUCCACGAAGUCCAAAGGGUCUUUCACCAGCAGCUCACUUGGCAGAUGGUUCAGCUGACCUCAUUCUCGUUCGGAAAUGCUCCAGGCUCAAUUUUCUCCGGUAUCUUGUCAGACAUACAAACCAACAUGAUCAGUUUGACUUCUCCUUUGUAGAUGUUUAUCGAGUGAAGGGCUUUCAGUUUACAUCCAAGCUCUCAGAAGACAAUGAAAGCAGUGUCACAGACAUGGGAAAGAAACGCUUUGGCCAGUUCUGCAGAGACCAUCCAGCCUGUUGCUGUCAUAUUGCUCACAGCACCUGGAAUUGUGAUGGAGAAACUCUGGACAGCUCAGCAAUUGAAGUGAGGGUUCACUGCCAGUUGAUGAAACUUUUUGCAAGAGGAAUUGAAGAAAAUUGUAAAGGUGAAGCUGCCUACAGCCAGAGUAGCGUUGAACAAUUACUAUAGACAUUGUUCCUCCAGUGGGGAGAAGAAACCAUAAAAGCUCAAGGAAAUUGAGUAAACAUGCAUUUUAGUCAAAUUGACAAGUAUUUUAAAAUUUUAGAUUUUUUUUUUUUUUUCUGAUGGCUUCAGUAUAAUUU